AUGCAUUGUGGUCUGGAGACCUUCAGGGGGUUCCGCCGCCUCAUGAAAAGUAUCUCACGGCUUGCUCUGCAUAUAUUGUUGGCAAAACUAUAUCUGCUAUACCAAGCAGAACAUAUAACCAAAGUGUUGGUUUACCAGAGUCAAAGCCAAAGUUCUCUGCCUCUUUUCACUUGA